AUGCUUUCAAAGAAGCUGUUAAAAAAAUUAAAACCAAAGAAAGCGGCGGGUACUGACGGUAUUCCACCUUAUGUAUUAAAAGGUUGUAAUAGGUUAAAUCCAGAUGUUAUCAGAAGUGGGUUUAGGGCAUGCGGUAUAUUUCCUUGGAAUUCUUCUGCUCUUGACUAUUCAAAAUGUCUUGGGAAAGAAUUUGAAACUGAAGAUAAUCUGGAUGAGCACAAUGAUUUACCAACACUUAUUGAUCCAAAUACAACAAUUUCUUAUAAACAGUUUUGUGAAAUAGUUGGCAAUGACAAAAUUAAACAGCUAUGUCGAAAUAAUUGUAAAACUCAAUCUGAUGAUUACCAAAUAUUGAAACAAAUCUUUUCAGCAUUUACAGAAAAAUCCUCGGUAGAAAUAUCUACAAAGGACGAACAAGAAAAAAUUUUAGAAGAAGAAGUAGAAUUUUUAGACACAAGUGAAGUAAUUUUCGAUAUAAAUGAUAUACCUGUAAUAAUAGAUGAUACUGAAAUAGUAAACAUUCCUGAAAUGGAGAACAAAACCUUGAUAGUACCCGAGAAUGAAAUUUUCAACAUGCAAGGAAUAGAAGAAUAUACAAAUGAAGCUGAAUCAAGUGUGACGAAAACGGUUAAAGAAGAUCAAAAAACCAAAAAACCCGAGAAAUCCCUUAACAUUUCUGAAAAUAUAUCUGUAAAUGCUACAAAUAAAUCUAUUGCGACUUACUUAAUAUGGCCGGAUACUCCAGCACGAAAAGGAAAAAAGCAAACUCAAAAGCUUCCAUUUGUUCUAACUUCAUCAGAUAGAAGAAAAAUAGUAAAAGAAAAAAUGGAAAAAAAAUUAGAAGAGGAGCGUAAAAAGGAACAGAGGAAACUUGAAAGAAAGGAAAAACAAAGUAUUAAAGAAAAUCAAAAGAAAAUAAAAAGCUCGAAUAAUAAAAAACCCAAAAAGUUAGCUAAAACUUUUAACAAGUCUGAAGAGAAAAGUAGACAACCCAUAGAAAUGAUCUCAACAAAAUUAAAAAAGGGUGUAAAAGUUCACUUUCCUAUUGAAAAAUAUCCAGAAAAGACAAAAAAAGCAUUGAAAGUAUUUUCUCCUCUAAACCAUGAAAGUAGAAGUAACAAUACUGCGGUUUUUGAGCCACCACUACCUGAAUUUGUCAAAGUUCCUACACCAGAAUUUCAUUCUCACACAAAAUCAUCAAGCUCUGUAAAUAACCAAGAUAAUCUUGACAUUUUCAAGCAUUCACCUACACCAGAAGCGAAUUUGAGAUUAUCUCCGAAAAUAUUUUCUCGCCCACACUAA